AUGAGCACGAAAGAAGGCGAUCGGCCGAGACCCGGCGACAGACUAGGCACGGAGCGGUUCGACGCAGAGAGCGGCGCGUCGGGGAGCGGAGCGGGCGAGAACGGCGGGGCGAUCCGCGUGGUGGUGGUGGGGAACAAAGGCACGGGCAAGACGUCGUUAAUAAUCUCAUGUCUCACAGAGGCCUUUCCGGAGGAGCCCGUGCCCGUGCUGCCGCCAACUCGCUAUCUCGCCGAUUCCUUCUCCGAUAAAAUCCCGCUCCUGAUCGUCGACACGUCAUCAAGGCGGGAGGAGCGGGGCGCGGUGGAGGCGGAGCUACGGGCGGCGGACGCGGUGGUGAUAACGUUCGCGUGCGACGACCAGGCGUCGCUCAACUCCGUCUCCUCCUACUGGCUGCCGCUCCUAAGACAACUGCAGGUGCUGUCGCGGUUUCCACGCGCAAAUGCAUCUCGUCCCCCGCCCUCGUCCCCCGCCCUCAUCCCCGCCCUCAUCCCCCGCCCCCAUCCCCCGCCCUCAUCCCCCGCUCGUCCCCUGCUCAUCCCCCGCUCGGCCCCCGCUCGCCCCCCGCUCAUCCCCCGCUCAUCCCCCGCUCAUCCCCCUCUCAUCCCCCGCUCGUCCCCCACUCGUACCUCGCUCGGCCCCCGUCCGCAGGUGCCCGUGCCAGUCGUGGUGGUGGGCUGCAAGCUGGACCUUCGAGACGCGCCAGGCGCUGCGGCGGCGGGGGGAGUGGGGGGGCCGGCAGUAGGGGCGGGGGGCGGGGGGGUGGCGCAGCAGCCGCUGGACGUGCUGGUCGCGCCGAUCAUGGACGAGUUCAAAGAGGUCGAGACGUGCCUCGAAUGCUCCGCGCUGCGCCGCGUGCAGGUGGCGGAGGUGUUUUUCUUUGCGCAGCGGGCGGUGCUGCACCCCACGGGGCCGCUGUUUGACCGCCAGACACAGGCGCUGCGGCCGGCGUGUGUGCGAGCGCUCAUGCGCAUCUUCAUGCUCUGCGAUGUGGACGGUGAUGGCGUGCUCUCCGAUACCGAGCUCAACGCAUUCCAGGUGGAGUGUUUCUCGGUGCCGCUACAGCCGGCGGAGCUGGUGGGGGUGAAGCGAGUGGUGGCAGAGAAGAUGGUGGAUGGCGUGGCGGGCAACGGGCUCACGCUCACCGGCUUCCUCUUCCUGCACGCACUCUUCAUCGAGCGCGGCCGCCUCGAAACCACCUGGACCGUGCUGCGCAAGUUUGGAUACUCGUCGUCACUGCACCUGCGUGAGGAGAUCACUCGGCUGCCGGCGCAACCGCUGCCAGAUCAGAGUGUGGAGCUGUCGAGCAAGGCGCUGGAGUUUGUGUGUGCGCGCUUCAGAGCGUUUGACAACGACCAGGACGGGGCGCUCAACACGAGUGAGCUUAACAACCUCUUCAGCACCGCACCCAACAGUCCAUGGGAGGAGGCGCCGUAUCUAGGGGCAGCAGAGACAUCGCCUUCAGGAGCCCUCACAUUCAGUGGCUAUCUUUCCCUGUGGUCGCUCAUGGCGCUGCUGCAUCCGGAGAGGGCCAUCGAGUACCUGCUGUACCUGGGCUUCCCAUCCGACCUCGCCCCGUCCGCGCUCACCUUCACGCGGCGGCGCCGCAACGACCGCAAGGCGGGCUCGUCGCAGCGCCGCGUGCUGCAGUGCUUUGUGGUGGGGCCCGCACAGGCGGGCAAGUCUGCUCUGCUCAGCUCGUUGCUCGGGAGACCAUUUGAGCCAUCACACAUCAAGUGUGGGGAGGACGAGCGGUUUGCUGUUAACCUCGUCUCCACUGACCCUCAAGCCCACUCCUCCUCCUCCUCAUCUUCCGCUUCCUCCGCCUCUUCCUCCUCCACAACCACCACCUCCUCCUCCCUCUCCUCGAAUCGCGAUCCCAGCAGUAUAGCGAGCCAGGAUCUGAGUGCGCUGGCCAGCAGCAGCACGGCGCUGGUGCUGAGGGAGGUGCACCCAGACGCCCUACCUCGCCUCCUCGCUCGCCCCGACUGGCUUGCCGCCUGUGACGUGGCUGCCUUUGUAUAUGACAGCUCGUCGCAGGGCAGCUGGGAGAAGGCGGUGGGCAUGCUGCAGGAGGUGGCGGGGCGGGCAGAGGCCACGGAGAGCGAGAUGCCCGCCGUGCUCGUGGCCGCUAAGAACGACCUCGAGCCCCACCCCGCCAUCUUCACCCAGUCCGCACAGCUGUGCACGGAGAUGGGGGUGGCAGCACCAGUGCCCGUCUCCUCGCUGCUGCACGAUGUCAACGAGCUCCCUGCGCAAGCGCCUGCUCUACCGCUCCGUCUCCGUCGCUCUCGUGGGCACAGCAGUGGCAGUGGUGUUGGUGGUGGGCUUUCGGAUAUAUGCCGCGCGUCGCUCCUCCUCAACGUAGCGCUCCUGCGUGUGUCUGCGUGGCCUGAUUGUGCUUCCAUUCGUUGA